AGUUGAAAACGCAAACUUCAGAAAAAGAAGACACAUUUCCUUUGCCAGAUUAAAUUAUCACCACCAAACCAACAUGAGAGAAAUCGUUCACUUGCAAGCCGGACAGUGCGGAAACCAGAUCGGAGCUAAAUUCUGGGAAGUUAUCUCUGAUGAGCACGGUAUUGACCCCACAGGUACAUACCAUGGAGACUCAGAUCUUCAGCUAGAGAGAAUCAAUGUCUACUACAAUGAAGCCACAGGAGGUAAAUAUGUACCCCGUGCUGUAUUGGUCGACUUGGAGCCAGGUACCAUGGACUCCGUCAGGUCCGGACCAUUUGGACAAAUCUUCAGACCAGACAACUUUGUGUUUGGACAAAGUGGUGCCGGAAACAACUGGGCCAAAGGACAUUAUACAGAAGGUGCUGAACUUGUAGACUCCGUCCUUGAUGUUGUGAGGAAGGAGGCUGAGAGCUGUGAUUGUCUUCAGGGAUUCCAGCUUACUCACUCCCUUGGAGGUGGUACCGGAUCUGGAAUGGGAACACUUCUCAUCUCCAAAAUCCGUGAAGAAUACCCAGACAGAAUCAUGAACACAUUCUCAGUUGUGCCAUCACCAAAAGUAUCAGACACUGUUGUAGAACCAUACAACGCCACUCUCUCAGUACAUCAGCUUGUUGAGAACACAGAUGAGACCUACUGUAUUGAUAAUGAGGCACUCUAUGACAUUUGCUUCCGUACUCUGAAGCUCACCACCCCAACAUAUGGAGAUCUGAACCAUCUGGUCUCUGCCACUAUGUCUGGUGUAACUACCUGCCUGCGUUUCCCCGGUCAACUCAAUGCAGAUCUCCGUAAACUCGCUGUCAACAUGGUCCCAUUCCCCCGUCUGCAUUUCUUCAUGCCUGGGUUUGCUCCACUUACAUCUCGUGGCAGCCAGCAAUAUCGUGCUCUCACUGUCCCAGAGCUUACCCAACAGAUGUUCGAUGCCAAGAACAUGAUGGCUGCAUGCGACCCACGUCACGGACGUUACCUCACCGUCGCUGCCAUGUUCCGUGGACGUAUGUCCAUGAAGGAGGUUGAUGAACAGAUGUUGAAUGUGCAAAACAAGAACAGCAGCUACUUCGUUGAAUGGAUCCCCAACAACGUCAAGACAGCUGUCUGUGACAUUCCCCCACGUGGUCUCAAGAUGUCUGCCACAUUCAUUGGCAACAGCACCGCCAUCCAGGAGCUCUUCAAGCGUAUCUCUGAACAGUUCACUGCUAUGUUCAGGCGUAAGGCUUUCCUCCAUUGGUACACUGGUGAGGGUAUGGACGAGAUGGAAUUCACAGAGGCAGAAUCCAACAUGAAUGACUUGGUAUCUGAAUACCAACAGUACCAGGAUGCUACCGCUGAAGAGGAGGGUGAAUUUGAUGAGGAAGAAGAGGAUGGUGAGGAAGCCUAAACAGGGUCUUCUCUCAUCCAGCUUCUUGAAUUGUAACAAAAACUCUUAAAUGGACUUGCUCAGUUUUAUCUCAACCAAAGACUUCAGUAUAAUUCUCAAUUCGGGAGUUGUUGCUACAGUUCAUCUGAAGAUUGCUCUUUACAAGCAGUUGACAGCAUUUAGUUAAAAAACAUUAAAUCAAAAUUGAUCUAAGUCAAAACUCAAUAGCUUUAUUACUGUAUGUAACUGCAUCACACUGUUGCAGAAAUCCUAACAUUUUAUAUUUUGUGUACAACAAAGCUGCAGGGAAUUUAGAUCUAAAAUAA